AUGUCGCCGCCCGCCGAAAACCAAGGAGCAAUUUUAGUGGCAAUGGGUGAAUGGGGUUUAGCAUGGUGGUGCGCCCUCAUCUUCACGGCCACCCCGUUGCUCGCCUUGGUACUUUGGCACUGCACCGAUGUAUUCCACCGUGCCGCCUUCACGCUCAACCCCGCUCAUCGUGGUCGACGUCUCCCGCCUGGCCACAUGGGCAUCCCCGUGCUCGGCGAGAGCGCAGCGAUGAUGUGGUACUUCAAGGUCGCUCGCCGCCCUGACGGCUUCGUCGAGGCAAAGAGGAAGGCGUACGGGGAGGGAUCGAACAUAUACAGGACGCACCUCUUUGGCUCGCCGGCCGUCAUCGUCUGCUCGCCGGCGGCCAACAAGUUCGUCCUGCAAUCCACAGAUAGCUUCGCUGGCCGGUGGCCCAUGCCCGAGUUGCUCGGCCUCACGUCCCUCCCCAACAUCGAGGGUAGGCAGCACACUAGGCUCCGCGGCUGCAUCGUCGCGGCAGUCAACCAGCCGGAGCCACUGCGGACCUUCGCGCGGAUGGUGCAGCCACGUGUGGAGGCGGCGUUGCGGACGUGGGCGGACAAAGGGACCAUCAUCGCAGUCCCAGAGAUGAAGAAGGUCAUGUUCGGCAACAUAUGCAAGACAUUCAUAAGCCUGGACCCAUCGCCAUUCACGGAAAAGAUGGAGAAAUUGUUCGUUGGCCUGGUAGACGGGAUCAUGGCAUUUCCGUUGAACAUUCCAGGCACAGCAUCUCACCACGGUCUCAUGUGCCGCAGGAAGCUCAACGCCGUAUUCCGCGAGGAGCUCGAAAGGAGGAGGGCGAAGAAGACGACGGCCGCGACACUGGGUGAUCGGCAACAAGAAGAUGGUGAUCUGAUGAGCAGGCUGAUGGAAACACAGGACGAGCAGGGGAAGAAGCUGAGCGAUGAUGAGGUGGUGGACAGCAUAGGAUCCCUGGUCAUGGCGGCUUACGAAUCAACGGCCACCGCUGCAAUGUGGGCAUCCUACCACUUGGCCAAGUCACCGGAUAUCCUAGCCAAGUUGCGGGAAGAGACUGCAGCGGUGAGAAGAGCGAACAAUGGAGCCUCCAGCUUUAUUACCUACGACGACAUCUCCAAGCUCAAGUACACUGCUAAGGUAGUCGAGGAAGCCAUUCGAGUCACUAAUUUUGCUCCAAUGGUCCAUCGUGUGGCACUCAAAGACGUCGAGUAUGAAGGUUACACGAUACCCGAAGGGUGGAGGGUCAUUGUGUGGCUCCGGUCGGUUCACACCGAUGCCAAGUACUUCAAAGAUCCACUAAGCUUCAAUCCUGAUAGAGGUUCAUGGGAUGAACCGGCAAAGCCAGGCACAUACCGGCCGUUCGGCGGAGGUUAUAGGGCCUGCGCAGGCAACAUGAUGGCAAGGCUGCAGAUCACAAUCAUGCUAUACCAUCUAUCUCUUGGCUGCGAAUGGAAGUUACUUAAUCCUAACGCAAGGACUGUGUACUUCCCAACCCCCAGGCCAGAAGAUAACGCACCAAUGGCUUUUAGUAGACUCUGUACAAGUAUGUGA